AGCUGUGUGGAGCGCACCGGGUCCCGGAGCCCGCGGCCUGAGGGAUGGACGAGACGAGCCCACUCGUGUCCCCCGAGCGGGCGCAACCUCCGGACUAUACCUUCCCGUCCGGCUCGAGCGCUCACUUUCCGCAGGUGCCGGGGGGCGCGGUCCGCGUUGCGGCGGCGGCCGGCCCGGUCCCCUCUCCGCCGGGCUCGCCAGGCCACGACCGGGAGCGGCAGCCUCUGCUGGAUCGGGCCCGGGGCGCGGCGGCCCAGGGUCAAACCCAAACCGUGGCGGCGCAGGCCCAAGCCCUGGCGGCCCAGGCCGCGGCGGCGGCGCACGCCGCGCAGGCCCACCGCGAGCGGAACGAGUUUCCGGAGGACCCGGAGUUUGAGGCGGUGGUGCGGCAGGCCGAGUUGGCCAUCGAGCGUGGCAUCUUCCCCGAGCGCAUCUAUCAGGGUUCCAGCGGAAGCUACUUCGUCAAGGACCCUCAGGGGAAGAUCAUCGCAGUUUUCAAACCCAAGAAUGAAGAGCCGUAUGGGCAACUUAAUCCCAAGUGGACCAAGUGGCUGCAAAAGCUGUGCUGCCCCUGCUGCUUUGGCCGCGACUGCCUUGUCCUCAACCAGGGCUACCUCUCAGAGGCGGGGGCCAGCCUGGUGGACCAAAAGCUGGAACUCAACAUCGUGCCCCGCACAAAGGUAGUGUACCUGGCCAGUGAGACCUUCAACUAUAGUGCCAUUGACCGAGUGAAGUCCAGAGGCAAGCGGCUUGCGUUGGAGAAAGUGCCAAAAGUUGGACAGCGGUUUAACCGCAUUGGGCUACCACCAAAGGUUGGUUCAUUCCAGCUCUUUGUUGAAAGCUACAAAGAUGCAGACUACUGGCUACGGCGUUUUGAAGCAGAACCCCUUCCUGAGAACACUAACAGGCAGCUGCUCCUGCAGUUUGAGCGGUUGGUGGUACUGGACUACAUCAUCCGCAACACUGAUCGAGGCAAUGACAACUGGCUGAUCAAAUACGAUUGUCCAAUGGAUAGUUCUAACUCUCGGGACACAGACUGGGUGGUGGUGAAGGAGCCUGUUAUCAAGGUGGCCGCCAUAGAUAAUGGGCUGGCUUUCCCUUUGAAGCAUCCUGACUCCUGGAGGGCAUAUCCUUUUUACUGGGCCUGGUUGCCCCAGGCAAAAGUCCAGUUCUCUCAGGAGAUUAAAGAUCUGAUUCUUCCAAAGAUAUCAGACCCUAACUUCGUCAAGGACUUGGAGGAGGAUCUGUAUGAACUCUUCAAGAAAGAUCCUGGUUUCGAUAGGGGCCAGUUCCAUAAGCAGAUUGCUGUCAUGCGGGGGCAGAUCCUAAAUCUGACCCAGGCCCUGAAAGACAACAAGUGUCCCCUGCACCUCGUCCAGAUGCCACCUGUGAUCGUUGAGACGGCCCGUUCCCACCAGCGAUCUUCUAGCGAGUCCUACACACAGAGCUUUCAGAGUCGGAAGCCGUUCUUUUCCUGGUGGUAGCCCCAGAGGCAGACAAAGGCAUAUUGUCUGAGACUUGGGCUGGGAAGAAGCCUGGGGAGCGGGUUGCAAGAAAGCCAGAGAAGCCGGUGGAGAUCAGUGCCCUUAAGAGCCCUCCCUCUCUGCUCACCACCCCCUCGAGCUUUCCCAGGCCUGGGGAGAAGCAUGCGCAGAGGGACUGUGUGUGCUGUGCGCCCUCCUGAGUGCUGGGGAGGGCUGGCGCUCCACGCAAGCCGUCCGGAUGCCGGGAAAGGAGCAUCUCCUGGGGGCAGGCUGGGAAAGUCCCUUCCCUCCUGGACACCCUGCUCUGUUGCUAUUCGUUGUUAUAUUCUGCAUCAGAAAAAAUACAAAUACAAAUUUCAGUACUAGUAGCAAAACCCAGGUAGAAUCCCAGACCCUCUCAUAGCAAAACCUGAUCCAGACCUAAAUGUGCAUGGACCCAAACAUCCAGGUGUCUCACAGUUCCUUACUGUGCAAACCAAGGCAGCUGGGUGACUUGCAGUGCUGGGACAGACAGAAGCCACACUUCCCUUUUGUGUCUUGCCAAGUCUUCUUUCCGUCUUCCUCCCACCGGUGUGAUAGGUUGACUCCAGACAUGAUUUUCACACUGAGGGGACAUCUGCUCUUGGACUCCCAGCAGUUUUACAGUGAUUGUCUAGAUCACCUCUGCUCCCUUCCCCACUGGGGACCCAGCCCCUCUAGGCCAGGACUGUAGGUUGUUUAUCACUCAGGCAAAGGCAGGAGGGAGGAAGUUACCUCCCCAGCAUGGGAACAUGAUCUAUACCACUAAGUAUAUGCUGGGAGCUGUGAUGGUCUGUGGGUGGGCUUACCCCCUCCUUGCUCACUAGGUCCUUGGCCCUAGCCAGAGAUGACAGACUUUCCCAGUCUUCUGAUUUGUUCCUGUUGUUUUUGAUGUUUUUUCUCAACUCUUUUCACUUGAUAGGUUCAGUUCUGGGUUCUGGAGUGUCUCUUGGUGAGGGUUCUAGGAUGGGUCUAGCUCAUGAGAGGACAGGAUAUUAAGUCCUUGGGUUUCUUUUUGUGGUACCACUGCUGCUGGGUGGAGGCAAUGAGACUUGUAUUCUGCCUCCUAAUUAGCAGCUUCCUUUUCCUUCCUGACUUCUUGUUCCAGGCCAAUUUUUCUAUGGCUUCUCGAGAAAGGUGGGGCCCUAAGGAAAGAGACAUUCCCACUGUCCCCAGUGCCUGCCUGGCCCAGUGUGCAUCUUCUUGCUUCCACGUCUCUUUCCCCUCAGCUCUCCCCCUUACCAGCUGUCCGAGCCCUUUCUACACCAAAGCAAAGAAUGGCCUCAGUGGGGAGCAGAGGGUGCCACCCAUGGCUAUAGGGCAGCCCUGGACGGUUCAAGUUUCUGGCACCCUGCGAUUGGUCAGUCAGCCUUGGAAAGAAACUAUCUUGAAGGUUUGAAAACCAACCAAAGAAAAGGAGUGGGGACUGUUGCCAUGUUCCCUCUGCUUCCCUAGCUCCCGCUAUUGCAGAGAGCAGAGCGGAGGUGUGCAAUCCUCUCGUCAGCUGGGCCAGGCUGGUCCCCUUCCAAUACAGCCCCCAGGAGCCAGCUUAUCCUGGGCUUCCACCCCGCCAACAGAAGAGUCUCUGGAGCUGAGUGUGCACGCCCUGUGGACAGAGGCACUGCUCCCCGCCAGCCCCAGCCCUGACAAUCCCAUGGAGCUGACCUGGACUUUGGCCUUGGGGACCAUGUUUGUGAGAACUUGGGAGCAGCAGGGCUCCCAGAGGCCAGAGGGGACCAGGGUAUGUUUAGCUCUCCACAGACAUGUUUAUAAACGUGUUGUUGAAUUGCCCCACCUGGGGUGGAGAGGACUUGAGUGGUCUAAAGGGCUGGUUGCUUCUCCCACCGAGGAGAUGUGCACAUUGCCUCAGCCAGACCAGCUCUGGGAUGCAAAGGAAAUUGGGUCCAAUGUAAGAGGGAGCUGGUCCCAGUCCUGGCAGGUGAAAGUGCGGGGCAUCCUUUCCUGGCCCACAUCCGUUCUCCUUGAAGCCUGUACUCAGGUUGCCUUGAAUGUGGACUUUGGGAGAGCCUGGGCCCUGAGUGCCAGGGCAGGCUUUUGGGUGGCCCUCACGGAGCUGCCCGGCCCAGCCCUCUGCCAGCCAUUGUCCCAUCUCCCAGUGUCAGGGAGUGGAGGCUGGGCUGUGAGAGUGCUGCUGCCUCUGUAUUGUUCUUCUAAUGCACUGUAGAAAUUGUAUAUGUAAUGUAUUUAAAUCAAUGCAAAUGUAUGAAUAACAAGUCCAAUUCCGAC